AUGUCGUUAGCGUUCGCAAAAGAUGCCCAGGCUAAUGCAAAACCGGAUAAAGCUACUAUCCAGAGGCUAUUGGAUGAAAACAGCCAACUUAUUAAAUUAAUAAUGCGAUAUCAAAGCAUGGGAAGGGCAAACGAUGCGCUCCAGUACCAGCAAUUGCUGCAUCGAAAUCUUGUCUAUCUAGCUUCACUAGCAGACGCAAAUGUGCAACAACAGCUGCAGUACCAGCAAUUGCUGCAUCGAAAUCUUGUCUAUCUUGCUUCACUAGCAGACGCAAAUGUGCAACAACAGCUACAGUUAUAA